UCCAUGUGUACAGUUUCUACUACCAGUUUGUUAAUGAAACACGGUAGGUAUAAGUUUAUCUUUAAGCACCAUGCCAGUGGUGGGCUUUCACUGUGGUAGCAGUGGCUCCCAGUUCCUGCGGUGUGAUUGCAACUGUGGUGGGUGAUGCUGCUGCUCUGCCUUGAAUUGUCUUCCCAAAUGUGCAAUCCUGUAGGCUGAUUAAGAUUUCUGAGUAUUAUCAAUCCCAUAACUUAAUCAUGUAUUGUUUUAUUCCCUUGGGUUUUAACUAUCUUCCCAUGGUUUCUCUGUCAUUGCAACUGAAAACCUGUGAUAAUGUUGUGCCUCCAGAAGAACCUAUGGGAUUAAGGGUUUAUUGUGCAGUGGGUUUUCCAACCCCCUUGUUAUGUGUGAUUAGAUUACAUAGUCCCUUUCUAACCUUAAAACCUCAGUAAUUAAAUUUCAGACUUAGCAGAUACUAAACAUAACAGAAGAUCUUUCAUAAGGAUCCAUCUCACCUGAGAGUGGCCAAAAUGAAUCCCUAGGAAACAGUAUUUGGAAGAAGAGUGUACUGAACCUUCUCCAGAGUGCUGUCCUGACACACAUCCUGGAGCCAGGCUGAGCUACUGGUGCAAAGCAAAUCGGCUGUGAGAUUGAAGGAGGACAUGAAAAAGAUAGCUGUGUCUCCACUGAGCAAGCAGAGGGACACAACCUGUCCAAAGGUGUUUGGUGUCAGUCUUCUGGAGCUCCAGCAGCAGGGACUGAGCAAAAAUGGAAUCCCAAUAGUUGUGUGGAAUAUAGUGGAGUACCUCACCCAGCAUGGUAUGACACAGGAAGGUCUCUUCAGAGUGAACGGCAGCAUGAAAAUGGUGGAGCAGCUGCGUCUGCAGUACGAGCGUGGGGAAGAGGUGGAGCUCGUUAAAGAUGGUGAUGUGUACUCAGCAGCCAGUCUGCUGAAACUGUUUUUGAGGGAGUUGCCAGAUGGAGUUAUCACAUCUGCCUUACGUCCCAGGUUCAUUCAGCUUUACCAGGACUCUAGAAAUGACAUGCAGAAGGAAAGUUACUUGAAAGAACUCCUUAAAGAACUGCCUGAUAUUCAUUACUGCUUGCUGAAGUACCUGUGCCAGUUCCUGGUAAAGGUUGCUGAACAUCACGUGGAGAACAAGAUGAAUCUUUGCAAUCUUGCCACUGUCUUUGGACCCAACUGCUUUCACGUGCCCUCUGGAUUUGAAGGGAUGAAGGAACUGGAGAUCUGCAACAAGAUAAUGACAAAAAUGCUGGAAAGUUACAAUACCUUGUUUGAAUUAGAAGGCUUGAAGAAGGAUGAAGAAAAGCCUGUAUGUGAAGAGCUAGCAAAAAUAAUUUUGGUAAAAAUGACCAAACCCCAAACAGAACGAUCCAGCCACAUGUGCCUACUGCCACAACCAGGCCAGUCAGAUGGAAUACCUCAAGUCAGCCUCCCAGUAACAGACAGUGGGAAGGAGAUGGACUUAGCAGAUGAAGUCUCCUUUGUUAACAAUGAUGUGUUUUUCUCCAGCUCCCAAGAAGAUGAGCGGCCUAUGUCACCCUUCUACGUGAGUACCCACGUAUCACAAGUCAGUAGCAACGUUCCUGCUACAGGAGAGUAUUUAGAGAAGACAAUCCGCUCAGCCGUGGAGCAGCAUCUCUUUGAUGUUCAUGGCUCAGGCGGCCAGAGUUCAGAGGACUCUGAAUCCGGGACGUCUUCAGUCUCUUCUAAUGUGUCUGCCAGGCAGAGGAGGCGACACCACAAAGAGCAGGAGGAAGCCCGGAGAAACAGAGACAUGGAAGUUGUCAACAAGGAGAACAUUCCCUCUGGAUUCAGCAGUCUUGAAGAUUGUAUUCUAGCUGCUCAAGAUGUAGAAAAAUUACAAGACACCAGCUCUGGAUACCUUAGUGAAAGGAAUAAAUCAAAACGGCAGAAAUCCAGCACCAAGCUCUCAGAGCUUAAUGACAACCAGGACAAUCCUGUGAGUGUGGAAAGCUUUAGCUCAUCCAAGCCUAUAGACAGAACAGGACCUGAUGACAUGGAAAUUUUAUCUGAUGAAAGCAAAGAGAGUGAAAACGAUGAGGUUUUUUUCAGGCAUUCUCAGCUGACUUCAAGUAUGAAGAUUCAAGAACAUCCAAGCAUGCCUGAAAACAAGUUGCAAAGAAAUCAAGAUGCUGAUGAUCAGGAAAACAGCUUUGUAUCUGAAGUGCCUCGGCUGGAUUUAACAUCACUGUGUGAUGACAACAACUGGGAAGAGCCCAUCCCUGCUCUCUCCUCAUGGCAGCGAGACGGCUUAGACUCAGAUGAGGCUCGCCUUUCCCCGCAGGCUGGGCGCUUGAUUCGCCAGCUUCUGGAUGAGGACAGUGAUCCCAUGCUGUCCCCUCGCUUCUAUGCCUAUGGACAGAGCCAGCAGUACCUGGAUGAUACAGAAGUGCCUCCUUCUCCUCCCAAUUCUCAUUCCUUCAUGAGGAGACGGAGUUCGUCUUUAGGAUCUUAUGAAGAUGACAGAGAAGACCUUACCCCUGCGCAGCUCACGCGGAGGAUUCAGGGGCUGAAGAAAAAGAUCAGGAGAUUUGAGGACAAAUUUGAAGAGGAGAGGAAAUACAGACCUUCUCACAGUGACAAAGCAGCCAACCCUGAAGUUCUCAAAUGGACAAAUGAUUUGGCUAAAUUCCGAAAGCAACUUAAAGAGUCAAAACUGAAGAUCUCAGAGGAAGACCUUGGCCCUGUUGUGCGUCAGCGCAGCAACACGCUCCCCAAGAGCUUCGGCUCUCAGCUGGAGAAGGAGGAGGACAAGAAGCAAGACCUGUCAGAUAAAUCUGCCAAGCCUGCCGUGGAAGUGACCCUUGAGUCCAUCCAGAAGAAGCUCCAAGAGAAACGAGCAGAGACAAAUCGACCUGAAGACAUUAAGGACAUGACACGAGAUCAGAUAGCAGCUGAAAAAGUGGCUCUUCAGAAGGCUUUGCUGUGUUAUGAAGGCAUUCAUGGCAGACCGGUUACCAAAAAUGAGCGGCAGGUGAUGAAGCCGUUGUAUGACAGGUAUCGCUUGGUCAAACAGAUCCUCUCCAGAGCCAACACCAUCCCUAUUAUUGGUUCCCCCUCCAGCAAGCGGAGAAGCCCUUUGCUGCAGCCAAUUAUCGAGGGCGAAACAGCUUCCUUCUUCAAGGAGAUAAAGGAAGAAGAGGAGGGGUCUGAGGAGGACAGCAAUGUGAAGCCGGAUCUCACAAUUACCUUAAAAACAGAUGUCAGUGUGCGCAGCUUCUUGGAUCAACUAGAAGAUGAUGCUGACGGCUUUGUUUCCCCGGUGGAUGAUAAGAUGCCAUCUAGGAGCAGUCAGGAUAUGGGGCUUUCAAAUCUCCAUGAAGCAUCCAUCCCUGAACUGUUAGAGCAGCUCCAAGAAGUCAGGGAAGAGAAAAAACGAAUCAGAAAAAAAUUGAGAGACUUUGAAGAUAACUUUUUCCGACAAAACGGAAGGAAUGUGCAGAAAGAAGACCGCACUCCCAUGGCUGAAGAGUACAGUGAAUACAAGCAGGUUAAGGCCAAGCUGAGGCUGCUGGAAGUCCUGAUCAGUAAGAGAGAUAUUAGCUCCAAGAUCAUGUAAAGGAGGAGAUUGUUUUUGCCAAUAAACAACGAGGAGAGAGCACCAAACGGACAAAUGCAUGAAGUGGAUGCAGCAGGAGCCUGACUGGAAGAGCUGAGGAGCUCCCUGGGAACUGAAGGGUCAUUCCCAGAGGUGGGAGCGGGAAGAAAGGUGGAUUUCUGUAACUCUCUACAUUUGCUGUUGCCCACUGUUUCUCCAGGCCUGAUGCCCAAAAUGGAGUUUGCCAGUGUAGGAGACACAACACUGCGCUCAGUGACUGCACUGAAGGGAUCCUUCUGUAUUGAUUUGCUUACAGAUCCUGUAAAAUUUAGAAUAUCAAAGCCAGCCAUGCUGUUCUUUUUUCCCAGGAUAUUAUAGCAAGAGGCAAUCUUACUUACUUCAAUCUUGAGUAAUGAAAUCAUCAAAUAGCUUCUAUUUGAGUUGAACAGACAAGUGCCCUGACCAAUAUCAUGUUAGGACACAGGUCAGGCAGCACCAAGACUGUUCUCUUGUAGCUACAGUAAAGAUUUGCUCAGACUUUUGACCUGUUUGGAGUCCAGCAUCUUCUGUUGCUCUAGAGAAAUGCUGUAAUAAUCUCCUGGUCAUCAGGCAGAGCUGGUGUGAGUUGCAGUUUUAUCCAGGCUUGAGUUUUCUUCCCAUGUUUUUGAUGGCCAAUUCAACCGAAGUAAAGGAAGUACUUGCAUGUUUGGGAUAGUAAUGAAAAUGAGCCAUGCAGCCAGGUUCUUACCAGCUUGUUCUGCUUGGAGGGUGAUACGGAGACCUUCUGACCACAUUUGGGCAACAGGGAAGAGAAGAGGUUUUAAAUGCUUUAAGUGAGAAUCACUUGGAAUUUUGGUGGUUGGUUAAAUAUCUGGUGUCAAAUAUGUGGUGGAUAUCUGGAAGACCCACCCCAUUAGUACGUGUGCUUCAUCAUGAUACAAACACCUGAACCCAAGCUGAAGAGUCCACAGAGGUGUCCCACAAACUCACUCACCUAAAUUUUCUUCUUUUGUGCACAUCACCCCUGUGUGGGCUGCAGCAGCAAUGCUGAUGGUGGCAGCAGAGGAUGGGCUUUUCUUCCCAGUGUAGGAAGUACAGAGAAUACCACAGGGAACUGAGAGCACAGAGCUGUGCUCUGCCUGUGGAAAGGGCACCUGUCUAGAGUACAAGCUUUGACAAUUUAUUGUUUCCAAAUUUGUGACGUUCAGAAAUGAAAGUCCUGGGACACCUGAUUCAGAUGUGUCUUGGUUUGAAAGACUGGUGUCUGCCAAGAAAGGAAGGAACCUCACUUGGAAUGGAAAAUGUAAACCCCCUCCCUCUGAAUUACUAUAAUUUUUGAAAUUAAGGGGCUCUCAGGCCAAGAUAUGAGGAUAGGAAUGACAGUUCUUUACUAGUGUGUAUAAUAAAGCAGACAAACAACGACACCGCAGCACUAACCCCAAGCAGAGCCCAAAGCCAGUCCCAGCCCCUCUGGGCCGCAGGCGCUGUGCCUUGGGGUGCAGUUCCAGGCGCGGCCAGCAGGGGCGCUGCUGGCUCCCGGCCGGGCGGCAGGGCGGUGACUCCCCCGCGCCUGCAGGGGGCGCUGUGCGCGGGCUCAGGGAGCGCCGUGAUGGCGGCUGGGCCCAGACGGGAAGGGAGGGAGGGAGAGAGGCUCUGCUCCACAAACCCUGGGGCAGCCGAUCCCAUGCCCCAGCAGGACUCCCAUAAAAAAGAGUAAAACAGUCCUGGGGUGGUAGAGGAGAUGUAUCAGAAGCUGUUCCGGAGCUGUGGCUGGAACCGCGGGAUGCCUGAGCAGGCAGGGCGUGAGGGGCCACAGUGCAGGACAGCUCGGAGCAGUGCCAAAGAGGCAGUGAGGAUGGGACAGAGGUGGCACAGCUCCCAGCAGGGCGGAGAGGGGCGAGCUCAGGAUCCCGGGCACCCGAGCAGAUGGGGACAGGUCCCUCUCUCAGUGAGGUGGGUGUUCAUAAGGUCUCAGUUCAGUGGCUGCUCUCAUGAGCAGAGGCUCACCCAGAAAGGAAGAAGCAGCUCUGGGCUGGGCUCUGACAGUGGCAGUGAAUUCUCCCCCCAGUAAGCAACAGCUCGACUGGCCUCUGAUGCUGAGAGGGAGAGAGUGGGACCAGCCACUGCCCCCACCCCUUUACUGCCCAAUUCUCAGGGUAUCUCUACCCCUAGGAGCGAAACCCCCCCAAGAUGAGAGAAGUGCUACCAGAUACCUGAGCUUGGCUGCUUACUUGUUUUUCUUAAGUACCCAUAAGUACCCAGUAGUUAAUGUUUCUUUGCAAUUUAUGGGAAAAAUUCUGUAGGUAAGAAGGAACAAAAGAAAAUGAACCUAACCCCCAACAAGGUGUUCAUAUCAAACAGGUGCUGCCUGAAGGAGAAAAAGGCCCCAAGUUCAGGGACACCAAGUCACUGACAGCUCACAAUUCCACCAUCCUGAGACACCUGGGCUCACUCCAGAGGCUUAUGUGCACUCCAUGGUCUACCCUGUGCCAGGCUCCACCCUGAUACCAAGGGAGGGCACUUCUGUAAUGCUUUCUUCAGCUCCCCAGGGGAUCACUGCCCAUGUACGGAAACCAAAUAAGCAAGAUGAAAUCCAGUGUUGGUUGUAGCCAGGCCUCAUGCAUGUCACACCAGAGGAGCCAAAAGGACUCCCAGAACAACUUCUCCCCCUUCCUUCUUUAUUAAGGGCUAGUGGGUUCACAAAUAGUCGUAUUUAGUUUGUGGUACUUACGUAAGGGUACUUCAUCCCUUUUCACUUGCUAUGUGUGCUGUGUGUGUUCUUGCCAAAAUUGCUUCUAUUUUGGUGUCUUCAGGAUCCCUUGAACUCUUCCAAAGGUGGUCAUGGGCUGCAUGUGCCCUUUGCUGGUCAGGGUGGGUGUCCUGGUUAGGGCAAAUUGCCCCAACUGGUUAGGGAAAAGAUGUCCUUGGAGAAAUGUGGAAAAAACCUGUUUAUUUAAAAAGCAAAGCACCAACAAACAUAAAAAAUGAACAAUACCAAACAAUAAAACCUCUUGUUGUUCUGAAGUGAUGGCAGAUUCAGAAGGUUCUUUUUGUGGGGUGUAGCUCAGCUCACUGCGUGUCUCUCAGUCCCUCUGGCGCUGGAAUGCAGUGUCCCAGCCCCGGUGUGCCACAGGCGUGAACUCCCAGUGUUCUUCUGCGAUGUUGGUCCAAAGCAGUUGUGAACAGUUCCAAGAAAAGGAAAAGCCACAGUCCAGGGAACUUCUCUGCCUCAGCCAGCUAAAAACUAACUAAAAAUUAAAAGAGAGCUCUGUCCCCCUGUCCAUUCUGCAGACGACACAGUCCAGGAGCGGGAUGCGGGGCAGCCAGUGCAGCUUCUGAUAACAAACUGUGCUUAUCCUGCCGCCCCCUUCGCUCUUGGAACCAGCCUUAAAGGUGUAGAACUUAAUCCCCAGCAUAUACAGAACAGAUGAUUGGGGAUACAAGCACACCAGGACAUUGGGUAAGGCAGAGAUGUGUUAGUGAAAGCACUUGGGGAUGGGGACUGACAGCUUGGUUUGGUUUUUUUAUUAAUUGCAGAAUUGCCUGUUCCAUAUAAAACCAGCAAAGACUGAAUUUUAUAUUUCCAAACAGGCCAGAGGACUUGCGUGCUGACCUGGGGCUUGGCUUUUCAGAGGUGCUGACUUCCCAUCUCCUGAGAUGGGAUCUCCUCGGAUUCUGGGGGAGGGGGUGUUAACUGGGCUGACAGACAGGAACAAAAAGUGCUUUGAAGGGAAACCCCCAGGGCAGCUGAUCCCAGUGUCCCAGCAGGACUCUCAGAAGCAGCAAGCUGGGACAGCAGGAAUAAAAAUCCCGGGUGGUAGAGGAGAUGUAUCAGAAGCUGUUCCAGAGCUGUGGCUGGAACUGCAGGAUGCCUGGGGCAGGCAGGGGGUGAGGGGCCACAGUGCAGGACAGCUCAGAGCAGUGCCAAAGAGGCAGCAGGGGUGGGACAGAGGUGGCACAGCUCCCAGCAGGGCGGAGAGGGGCAAGCUCAGGAUCCCGGGCACCCGAGCAGAUGGGGACAGGUCCCUCUCUCAGUGAGGUGGGUGUUCAUAAGGUCUCAGUUCAGUGGCUGCUCUCACAAGCAGAGGCUCACCCCACGGCAGAAGAAGCAGCUCUAAGCUGGGCUCCAGCAGCAGCAGCAAAUUCCCUUCCCCAAGCAGCAGCUCCAACCAUCCUCCUCUAAAGCCAAAAGAGAGAGCUAGCCAGCAGCUGCCCCAGCCCCACCCUUUACCUUCUGAAUUCUUGAGGUAUCUCUCUCCUUUAGGAGAGAAACUCCCAGAUAAGAGAAAUGCAACCAGAUGUCCUCCUCCCCUGAGCUUGGCCACGUCUUUUUUUUCGGAAGUACCCAGUCGUUAAUGAUUCCUAGCAACUUAAGGGAAAAAAUUCUGUAAGUAAAAAGGAACAAAAGGAAAGAAACCUAACCCCCAACGCUGUCCUUCGAAAUCUGUGUCACUGAGUGGGCCAGUUAAGUCCUACAGAGACCUCUGAGGCAGCUGAGGCUAGCACGCUCUAGAAUGUAUUUUUCAGCUUGGCUGCCACAAGCACAAGAAUUUCUUCAGUCUUUUUCUGCCAGUUCUGUAUGGCCUUGGAGACAUCAGACCAGAGCUCCCUGUGGUGAGGUUCAGCAUUCUCACAGUGCUCCCUCACCUCUUUUUGUUUUCCCUUUGUGCCGUGCUGGAGCUCAAAUUUGUAAAAGAAGGCCCAGGCAUCCCCCAGGUCAGAGUCAAUCUUCACUGUGCGGUGGAAUCACUCUCUGGCCUUGGCUAUUUUAUGCUCACUCCAGAACAGCUUGGCCACAGCCAGUAGGACACAUGGGGCAUGUUCACACUUCUUGAGAGCAUCCACACUCUUGGUCUUCCAUUGCGGUCAUGCUUCAAGGAAAAUUGCUUCUGACCACAGGAUUCCUGAAUUGGGGCACUCUUGCAGUGCCUUGGCCAUCAGACUGUUAGCAAUGUUCUUCAGCCCAGCUUGGUACUCCAAGCAUACAGACUCCAACCAGAGGUCUGGAUUCUUUGGAUUCUUCAGGCGAGACUUUUCUAAGACAGCUCUUGCUCUAGUCAGCUGCACGACUUUCUCCUCCAGCCUGGACAGCAAAAGCCACAAGGGUAUGAAGUGGGGGCACUUCUUCAACCCUUGAUUAUAAACCUCCCGUGCUUUCUCUACCAGCUUUGUGUUUUUCAAUUUGUCCUUUCAUCAUCCACAGCUUGGGGAAGCCCUCAUAGUGCUUCAGGGCUUCCUCACAGAGCUCCUGGGCUGCAGCAGUAUUCCCAAGCACCCAUUCCAACUCCACAGACUUCAUGAACACCCUUGCUCUGAGGGCACUGCUGCGAGCCUUUGCCAGCAGCCUCUUUGCUCUUUCAUACUCACUGUUCUCGACUCGAGCUUCACAGCAGCCAGCCAGAUCUCGCUGUUGGGCUUGGCCUGGAAAGCCAGGGCCAAGAUGCUUCCGGCUGCCGGCACAUCUCCCGCCAGCCACUUGGAUUUGGCUCCCAUGAGCCACAGCACCUCUGCAUAUACACUAGAUACAAGAGCAGCUAGACCUUACACCAUAAUACAGGUCACACAGUAAUGUGCACACAUUUCAUUGUAUAUAAGAGUAUAUGUGCAUAUUCCUGUGUCUACAUAUGAUCCAUCCACCUAAACAAAUAAAUAUGUGCAAUAUAUGUGUCUAACCAGACAUGCAUUGAUGGAAUGACUGAGGGCUGGUCUCAAGUCCAAGCUCUUCCUUGGAGGACUUCCCUUUGUCUGAGACAGGACAGGGGGAGAGGCAGUGCUGGUGCCUGGAGCAGCCUCUCCUUUGCUCCCCAAAAUGGACAGGCAGCCACUCCAUCAGAAUUAAACAUCAAAUUUAUUGCAUAAUACUGUACUAUGUACACACACAUCGAAAAUAAACAUUUGAUAUAAUUGUAUAUUUGUCUUCAAUGCUGCAUUAGAAAGAGGCUGGGGAGCUCUCAAUGUAGCCCACAGCUCGUCUUUUAAAAAAAAAGAAAAAUCCAGAAGCCUAAAACCUUUUGUUACGAGGUGCAAAGUUCAAUACUGUAAAUUGAACAUGGUGCAUAAAUACUAUGUCCUAAUACCAAGUCAAUGUCAAAACCACCCUAGGCUUAAAAUGAGAUUUACAUCAAGAUCUGAAAAAUGGCAGGGGGGAAGGGAGAAUAAUCAUUCAAACUUCACUGAAUGGGACAGUGAGACUGAGGAAAAGACAACAAAAGCUCUCCAAUCAUACAGGAUAGAUUUAGGUAGAGAUUUUUCUACAUUUUCAGUCUAAUUAACAGAGAUUGUCUUUCAGGCCCCCGGCAAACAGUUGCCAACUGAGAGGGCUGUUCUCAAACAGCAAAGUAAUAAACCUAACUGCAAAGAUCAAACCAAUCUCCAGACAUGGGGCUAUGACUCAAAUGGGGAUCUUCUUUCUUUGACCUGACAAGACUGGAGAGAUUGCACACACCUCCCACACCCACACGCCCUGCACUCGCACAUCCACACACACAGCUCCUCUGGACAAAGGUGGCAGCAGUAAAAGCAGCCACCUCACCUUGUAUUGGAGUAGCAGGGCUGUUGGGAUGGAAAAAGAGGGCAGCCCACGCAGCCAGACUGCAGACUUGCCAGGACAGUAACACAACACAAGGGAGGCAUUCAGAGAAACCUGCUGUGAUAGGCAGGGUUUGUGCUUCCACAAGCCUGAACACAAACCCCACUCCAGAAGGAUUCUGAGGCUUCUUUGAGAAGCUUGAAAACAAAAUUCAAGACAAGUGAAAAAAAACAAACUAACCUCUGUAAACUACCGUAUUUUCCAUGAGACAUCCUGGUGCAAAAAGGAUCAUCACUAAAGCACUGCUCUGGGGUCACAAAUGACAUCCCAGCCCAAUACCAUCCUCCAAGGACUGAAGGGCAGAGGAGACAGUUCCAUUCAAAGCAAGCAAGAACCAGCUUGCAUUUAAAAAGGGAGGAAAAAAGGGUGGGGAGGAAAAUCACAGCUUUUCAAAGAAGAGAUAGCUAUUUCAUCCUGUUUCCACCAUACCCUAAAUGCAAGGGACAUCAAAAUAUUUGAACUGAACUAAAAAAAGAGGUAAGAGUGUGUGUGCAUGGGGGCAACAAAAGCAAACUACAAGGAAUUGCCAGGAGGGCAGUGAUGUCAAGUUGGAGGGGAAACAACAGAAAUGCCCACUGAACUGGUUUUGUCCAGUAGAUGAAAAAAUUCAAAGCAAGAGCCUCUCCCUGCUGAAGCCCCACAAAAUGCUGGCAGCAUCAGGCUGAGACUGCAUUAUCUGUAUUAUUAUUAUUAUUAUUAUUUCUAUUUACCCACACC